CUGGUAGUCAACUAUUAAACUACUAAAAACUACAUCCCUUUCCACUAUUGCAAAAACAAACCGUACCCGAAGUCACACACACACACAUAAUUACCUGACAUGCGUACUAUCAAUGCUUUGUACACAGUUUGGCGCCAACACACACACACUCACACACAUUGCCGGCCUCACUGAUCCAUUGAUAUACAGUUUUUUCAUCCAUCCCAUCCCAUCCCAUCCCAUCCCAUCACAUCCCAUCACAUCCGACCAGUCAUGUCAUACCACAACUCAAGUUUUAACUUUCCGCUCUUUGCCAAAGGUGUGGUACCGGCUGUUCAGCCGAACACAAGUUCCACACUUCGUGUGUCGUACGGCCAUCAGUUCGGCAUACAUAAGCCGAUUCACUCCAAGAAUUCGGCAUACAGCCGAACAUUGAAGGAUUUCGCCGACCAUCUCAAUGGUGUCCUAAUACCGGGCAUCCCAACAAACGCGGCGACUCUACGGGAUGUAGUGAAACUAAUGGCCUUCGCGGAGUUCUCGUCGGCAGUGGUCACCAAUGUUCCGUCCCAUCAAAAGGGUAUGGCCUUUGAGGACGCCUGGCCACUGGUGAAGCCCAACGACCAGAAUCUCGGUGAAUGGCGAAACCGAUACAUCACUCUCAAGAAGUAUGAGUUCAUUGCCGACAACUACUGAGACGCCAAUUGAUUGAUUGAUUGAUUCAGUGAUCUCUAAGGAUUACCGCAAACAACAACAGCAAAACAUAUCAAUUAAAUUCAUAAAUAUUUGUUUUUGUAAUUACCGUAAAUUUAAAUAUCAUAUCUAAUUAAUCGCAUCAUAUAUUUGUUUGUUUUUUCGCCGAUAGUGGCCACCAAAACGGGUGUUAGUAGUAGUAGUAGUAGUAGUAGUAGUAGUACUGAUCAUAUGGUUAUCAGUCGGCGGCAACGGUGUUGACCACUAACUAACUGUCUAUCCUAUCAAUUAAUUGUAUUUAUUUAUUAUCAAAUUAUUGUUUUUUUCUCAUUUUUUUGUUUGUUUUUUGUUUUCGGUAAAUAUACCGGUAAUCACUAAUUUAUAGUCCCUAAAUAUGG